GGACGUUGUUUGUGUUGGUUCGUCGCAUGUGUGUGGUGAAAAGUUAUUUUACUACAAUGUAUGUAACUGUAUCGUGGGUAUCCACAACCAUGAAAACGACGAUCAAGGCCAAAAACAACACAGCAAUGACAGUUACCAAAAUGGCUGAGGUAUCAGAUAUUUCCCAGCAAUAUUUUACGCUGGGAGGGGUUAUGAACAAAAUCGCUGUUGACGCAUAACAUAAACUAGAGUGCAAUGAAAUUAAAGAAAUCGAAAUUCUCCGGUUCUUCUGUGGAUGAUGCGUGGUAUAUGUUCCUACUUUAUGGUAUUUUUAUUAACUGUCAUUAGAGGUGAAAGUGAAAAGCUUCAAUUUUGGCAUACAUCCCUCUUUUUCAAUUUGAGAGCGAAGUAACUAUGCAAGUCCCCCAUUAAACGUUUCACUGUCCAUCCGCAGAAAGUUGAUGUAAUGACAAGGUUCUGAGAGUAAAAUUUCCAUUAACAGGUUUUCGUGUGUAUAUUUCUCUCAUAUUUUAAACUAUUCCUUGGACCAACAUCUUGUUUUCGAUUUCCUCUUCUUACUUACCCAAAAGUCAAUGCCAGGACGGAAAAGUACCUGAAAGGAGGACCAAUUACGUUUAUUAGAAAACGAGGAAGAGACCGCCGCUGCCACCACCACCACCACCACCACCACCACCACCACCACCACCACCAUCCCCACCACCACAAAGGCAGGAGGCUACAAAGGUAGAAGAACCUGAGGUGCCUGCAGCUGUCAUUGCGCCUGGGGGGAAAUGCUUUGUGUGCGGCAAAGCAGCUGGGCCAACAGGAUCACCUAUGGCAGCUCUUACAACCACCACAAAAAUCCAGUUUCAUCAAAAGCUGGGUAGAGUUAUAGGAGCAGAAUUGGAUCUUGUUGUUGAUGAAGAUGGAAUACUUUGCCAUGGCUGUUGUCGUCUACUGAACUACAUGGACCGAAUUGAAGUGGAGCAUAGAUUGCUCACAAAAUCAAUUUUGGACUGUAUGCGACGGACACUUGGUCUUGGUUACAUCCAAGGUGAUAAUCAUAUGCCUGAAGCUGUUCUCACCAGCAUAGAAAAUUGCAGCAAAAACUCCAGAAUUCCUGCGGAGAAGCACGAUAUUUGCCUAGGCCUGCCUGAAAAGGGAACGUCUAAUGAAGCUGUGUCACGGAGUAAGACAGUGACAUCUAAAGGUGCUCUGUUACGGAGUAAGACGGUGGCUCCGAGUGAAAAAAAGAACCAAACAUUAGUUAUAGCCAGAGGGCCUGAAAAAAAGACUGAUGCUGAGCAGGAUAAGCAAAAUUAUCAGUGCAAAAUCUGCAACUUUCAAAGUAAACAUAAGUCAGUGUUCCUCUUCCAUUUGCAGAGACACCUUCAAAGUAGUUAUAGGUGUGAUUUCUGCUGUGAAUUAUUGCCAAAGGAUUUAAACUACUGGAUAGCGAAGAUGCAGAAACAGGCAAUGUAGAAACUGCCAACAAAAAUGUCAUUCCCCAUACUGAAGCAUCAGAAAUGAGAGAUUAUGUGGAAACAAUGAUUGGAGAAAUACAUACUGCUGGCUUUGUUACCACGUGAAACCUGUAACUCCUACUACACUAAGUGAAACAAAACAUAAGUAUCAUUUACGAAUAUGAGGAUGUGAGUAGUAUUGAGCAAGGGGCACUUAAUAUCCUUCUGACUUUCUGUGCUCACUUUGUUCACCUGUUGUGGUGAAACUUUAGGACUUGGCAAAAAUACAGUAACAUGUCACCUAUCCAUAACUGAAGGAGGAGCAACUGGAUUAAUUGUACUUAAUUGGAUGAAGUUGAAGUCUUCUCAAUAAUCUUGCAGUUAACAUAAAUUCUCACAUCCAAUUUUGGUGGUGUGAUAGUUCCCAGAACAAGCUAGAGAGAGAGAGAGAGAGAGAGAGAGAGGGGGGGGGGUGGUAGUAGUAGUAGUAGUAGUAGUAGUAGUAGUAGUAUGAAUGACAAAAAAGUAAGUAGUCUGUUGCAAUCAGUUGAAGACUUUAUAAAAUCACUGGGUUCAGGCUGGUGUUGUUGUUCUAGCUUUUGUUUGCACAUUUUUGUGACAGGUUAAUAACUUCGUAAAAAAUGGUACAAUACGAACUAUACAUGUUGUGAAUAUAGUUUACAGUCAUUUAUAUUCAUGUAUGAGAAUGUUAACUUCUGUGUUGUUGAGAUUGGUAUCCUUAGUUUGACUUAGGGGGUACUUUCAAUCUGCUUGUCAAAUCAGUUCUUGCAGGUUUGUAUUUUCCAGGUCUAAGUUAGGUAAGUUUUGUGUUCAAUAUCAGGAAUAACAAGUUAUAAAAGGAAUUUUGGUGUGGUUAGUUUCGUGAAUAAAAUAUGUUUUCGAAUCCAAAAUUAUGGCAAUUCCCACAUUUCAUAUUUGGAUAUUGUCUAUUUAGGAUAGGUUUGACAAAAACUAGAAAGUGUUUGUCUCUCUGUCUCCUAAGCUUUCUGGUGAGAUAUAAAGUUCCAAAAGAGAAUUUAAAUUAUAUUUUACCAUAAUUACACAGUUUGUAACUUUCUUCUUUUGGUUUCUUAUUGGAAGUAAAAUGACUGUUUCUGUGACGUUAACACUUGGAGACUUGGAUACAUGUAAUAUGUAUCUUUCUUUUGUAAUUUAUUUUUUCUGAAUAAUUGUGUGUUCACAUAUUUGGUUGCAAAUAUAAAUUGAUGACAGUCUUUGAUAAUCAGUAAAAUCUUAUUUAGCUAAUAUUAUAUUUCUUUAAUGUAGGCAUUAUGAAGUGCCUACCAAUGUAAACUACUAAAAUAUCAUAUGAAAAGAUCAAAUGGCAAGAUCUGUAUCCAGUCAGAAUCAUAAAGUGUGACUAGGAAUCCUUACUGAAUCCAUUAGUACCAUGGUUAUACUGUUAAAACUUUCCCAAAUAAAACAAGAAAAAGUAUAUAAGCUCAUCAUGAUGUCUCAGCUGAAAAUAUUUUCAGUAAUGCUGUACUAGCAAGACACUGAGGAAUGUUUUUGGAACCAACAGAUACAGAAGACAAAACUGAUGUCCAUGGGGGAUAAAAUGUACUCAUAGAAAGUUUAAACAUAGCUUUUGUGAAAACUUAAUUGGGUCUUCCAUUGCUCAAAAAUCAUCUGGUAAUGAUUGACAGUGAGAAUGUAAAUCAUAAAUGAGCUGAAUGAAGCAGAUCGGAAGGAGUUAUGCAGCAAAAAUAAGAUUCACAAGCAUAUGCAGAGGAGGUGAUUGUCGAUCCAUAAAAUAGCUCCUGUAAUGAAGGUACAGAAGAAAAAUAUUGGAAACAGUUGGCUUUGCUGAAUUAAAUUGGUUUGAUAAUGUUACUCAAAAGGAGUUGGCCAUGUCAACACCUGCAGAAUGAUCAAAGGACGUUAUGACAUGGUAGAGGAUAGCAGAGAUCAACAUUAGGAUGACUUGUGCUACACGGGAAACACUGUAGAGCCAAGUCUAGAACAUGAUGAUCAAAACAUUCUAGAAUGUGAAUUAAAAGUGCUGAAGAAGUACACACAGUGGUUGCCAGAAUCUCUUAAUCCUGCGGAGACAACCUCAAGCACAACAAGAAAUUGUAACAGUGCUGACGGAAGGUUAUGCAUAGAUGUGGUCUAUUCACACUGCUGGAAAUGGAAAUGAGUGGUUGAAAUCAAGUGUCACACAUGUAAAUGAGAAUCCCUAUGGGCUCCAUCAGACUGCUGCCACAUCCACCACAAAUGGUAAUAGUGUGAUGACAGUGCGGAUAAGUACUGCUAGUCACUCUGGCUAACUCGAAACACUAACUAAAGCAGAAGUGGAAAGAUGUUGGCUGUUACGAGAUAAUUGGAUAAAAUGAAUUUCUGACUUAGUUUGCACCAACACGAAGGAAAUGGAAAACCGGAGGUGUUGCUAGUAAUAGAGACAAACAUGUUUGGGACCGUCACAAAAUGUUGAUACAGACAGUGGUAGGGACUGGUGGUGGUGCUGAAGGUGAAGUGAAGGUACUGAUAGUAACCAACCUUUUCUUGAAGUAGAAAAGGAAGAGGAGCCACAGAAUUUGCUCAGCAACAAACUAUGUCUAAUGGCUGAUGAGGAAGUUUUUUGUGGUGUCCUGUCCACUCGUCUCUUAUAGGGUGCCUAAAGGAUGCUGCUUUCUCGGAUAGCUACACAACAAUUCAAGCAAACCGCAUGCUUUUUAUUACGAUAAAGUAGAUUGACAAUACUUAACUUUUGUUUACAAUGUCAUGUCGCAAGCUAUUGGUGAUAUGGAAAUAAUCAAUGUCUUUUGCUAUAUAGAAUGUCCAAGCAAGUAAUGGAUAUGAUCACAAGUAACUGAAUCACUGAUCGCAGAAACAGCAUUAGUCCAUGCAUGUUGAUUUUGAGAAAAAUGGAAAAAUAAGUUUGUGGGCCUGAGUAUUCUAUUUUCUUUGACAGCUCUAUUUUACUUUGAACGGCACAGUUUCUGGUGAUGUCCAGUCACUAUUUUCAAUGAUGUAAUUAUUAGAUUAUAUAAUGAAUUAAAUACGCAAAGUUCGUGGACAUGUGCUGUUUCUGAAAUCAAUUGGUUGCCAGAAAUGUAAGUCUGUGUUA